AUGACUCAACAAGAUCGCGAGCAGAAUGUCGUAUGGACUCAAGAUAUGCAAGAUGACGGCAUGGUGUCCGGGGUUGGCGACGAGGACUUCACCAAGUUCCUCGACCUCGACAGCGACUUCCAACACUAUGCCGCGAUGAACAAUGGCCACUCGGGCCUCGACACCCCCAUGGGUCGUCUGGGAUUUGGGAACAACGCUGCCGAUCUAGGUUUCUCGGGGCCCGAACAGAUGAACGUCCAUGUGACGUCGACCAGCGACGCAGUCGAUUAUCGCAACCAGCUAUCGACGACCCAGCCAUACGCCCAAUACCCGCAAUAUCAGCAGAUGCAGAUGCCGACGCAGUACCAUGUGCCUCCUACGCCUGUGAGCGCCGAGAUGCACCCGGGGAAAUAUGCGCAACAGAUGGGAAACAAUGGACAGAUUCUGUUCGACCACCAACAGGUGUCGUUCACCCCGCUGGUCUCUCCCGCACAAACGCCAAUGGACGGCGGGUUUGCCAUGUCUGAUUAUGGGCUGGCAGACGAAUUUUUCAGUCCCCUGACGUCUCCUGCGAUUGAAGCGCAGGCUGCCUUUAGCUCGACCGGGACAACAGCCUCGCCUGUCGACCUCAACGAUUUGAAUGCUUCGGGAAAACCGAUCGCGGCUGGUACGAAGCGCCCUCGACGCAAAGGUAGCAAUACUGCUCGUACACCUGCUCGAAGCGUAAAGCAAUCUCCUGCGAUGAAACCUCAACCGCGCCGGCGACAUCCCUCGCUGACAUCCUUGCCUAUGGACAAAAUUCGAGCCAUGCUUCCUCAGGGAGUGCCAGGCUCAACACUACAUCCAUCGGCGCCCAAUAGCGCCGUGCUUCAGGGGAGCGAUGACUCGGUUUCUCCAGAACCUUUGUCCGAAGCUGCGAUGAGGCCUCCUCCUGUGCCUCAUCCGGGCAAAUCGCCGCAGUCGACAAGCAGCAGUCAGAAUGCGCAGUCGGCCAAUCCGGUCACUCCUGCCACCUUGAUGAGGAUGCCCAGUAACCAAUCAGUGCCCAUGAGGCAGAUGGAGCACCCCGGCCCUGUCCAGAGCGCGGAUGAGCCUAUGGAGGAUAUUAUGUUACCUGCGGCAGCGGCUUCAGCAACCGGGUCCCAGGGCUUGCAAAAUGUUGACGCUGGCAAGACCUCUGUUUCCGGCGAGAACACUCCGACUCUUUCAGCCAAAUCCGCCAAGAUUAGCGCCGCCAGCACGCCUCGAAGUGCGCUGACAAGGGCGACGUCGCAAGAGACAUUUGCCAAACCUGGAAAAAUUGAAAGCCGGGGAGGAGGUCGUGCCAGCAAGAAACGCCAGAGCACCUCCUCUGCCACAAUUUCUCCAGCGUUGCGACCCAAAAUUUCCCCGAGUAUCAGCCCACUGGCUCCUGCGACUGGUGCGGGCAUGUCACAUCUUUCGGCGGAGACGAGUGCUUUGUAUCUCGCGUCCAAGUCGAACUAUCAGAAUAUCCUAGAAGGCACACAUCUUCCAGGAGUUUCGUACCCUGAGACUCUGGCUGAGAAUCUGACGUCGAAGCGAACAUCACACAAAAUCGCGGAGCAGGGCCGACGAAAUAGAAUCAACCUCGCACUGAAAGAGAUCGAAGCUCUCCUCCCGGCGUCUAUCCUCGUGGCCAACAGCAAGAAAGACAGACCGCCCAAAGACGAGAACGAGGAUGGAGACACAUCGGCGACUGCAACGACAGGCAAACCCCCCGCGCCCGGACAGGGUGCGAGCAAGGCAAGCACGGUUGAAAUGGCCAUUGUCUACAUUAAGAGCUUGCAAAGCGAAUUGAAAGAGACCAAAGAAAGACUGGAAGCGGCUGAGAAGAAAGCUGCCGAAGUGGGCAACAGGGAGAGCAGCACAGAGUGCCAAGGCACCUCGGAUGCGUAG